AUGGGUUUGACCUACAAGGACUACAGAGACGGAGGUCUGUUGCAGGACCGCUAUCUAAAAAUCGGCGAUAUCAGUGAAGGUUCGUUCGGAAUAGUCACUCUUGCACAGGACACGAAAUCGAACGACACCCUGGUCGCUGUGAAAUACAUCACUCAAGAUCCCAGCGAUUUCAAGUUCAGACACAAUCAAGGAGCGAAGGAAGAUGAGAAAGAACACUCAAAAAAGGAGAACUCAAAUGUUCAACCAGAAGUGGCUGAAACUGCAGAAAAGUCGCUCAAGCCUAAUGGGGCAUAUAACAUGUCUGUUGUGUUAAAGGAGGCACGUCAGGAGAUUGAGACUCUGAAGAAAUUGGGUUCUCAUCCCAACAUCACCGAAUUGUAUGAUUCGUUUGACACUUACUUGGUGCUUGAAUACUGUGUCAGGGGUGAUCUUUAUGAUGCCAUCAGAAAUGGCUACGGUCCGGGAUCGACUAGAGACAUACUGGAUGUCGUCGGGCAGUUGAUCAAUGCCGUCGAGUAUGCUCAUGAUCUGGGAAUCUACCACAGAGAUAUCAAGCCUGAGAACAUCCUUAUCACUGAGGAUUGGACUAUCAAACUGACAGAUUGGGGUUUGGCCACUACAGAGAAGUAUUGCACCGAUUUCGAUGUUGGUAGCGAGAGGUACAUGGCUCCGGAGCUACUGGAUCAUAAGGAUAUUGAGUAUUAUGAUGCUGAGAAGGUUGAUCUUUGGAGUACUGGUAUCUGUCUAUUGAACAUUGUUUUCGGUAAAAAUCCGUUUGCUUCUGCUACAGAGAAGGACAGAGUUUUCCUCCAUUUCGCUGCAAAUCGUGAGACUCUGUUUGACAUUUUCCCCUCGAUGUCAUAUGACCUGUUUGCGGUCUUGAAGUUCGUUCUUGCUUUGGAUCCAGACAACAGGAAUUUGCAGUUCAUGAAAGAUGAACUAGCAAAGGUUGAACAUGUUACGGUCGAUUUCGAUAUUGAGGAGUAUAUGAGAAAGAGUGAGGAAGAGAAAGAAGAGGAAGAGAUCCAGGAGGUCCAUGAGACCUCGGAGAAGUCCAAGUCAAUUCCAAGUGUCACCGUCACUGAAUCUUACAAGAAGUUCAACAAUCGCGGAGAGAGAAAGCCAUUGGCAAUUCCUACUUCAUUCCGUCGUAACGGUCAUUACAACAACGGAGAGACUUUUGAAGGUCAUAAGAGGUUUGACUUCAACAAUAAGACUUUCAAGCGUCAAGACUAUUUCACGCCCAAGUCUGUGUUCAAGAACUACAUCGAUAACGCAGACAGACACAGGGAAGCGGCCCGUUCUACCAACUGGCAGAGUUUCAGAACCAAACCUGUUAACAACAACAACGACAAGCGGGCUUGGAGAAAGGGCAAGAGCGGAUACCGUUCUCGUAACAGCUAUCACAACAGCUCUGGGACCCAAUAUUUCAAGACUCCUGAACAGAAGGUAUCCAUGGCAAAGUCUCCCUUUGGUAGUCGUACCUACAACUCUUCCUCUAGCAGGCAGGGGCUGUAUGUUCCUCCUAACCUGAGGUCACCAGUGUUGGCGAUGAACUCACCACUCGCAAGGCCGGUUAGAGACGACUCGCCAGAAUUAGAGGAUAUUCCCUCUGACAGAGACGACGAGCUCUUUGUUCUGGAUGACGACUACUCAAGAGAGGCUAACGGUCAUUCCAAUGAUGGAGGCCAUGCUCAGCACCAAAGUGGAGGCCUCCAUGAGAAUCAUCGUACCAUGAGCAGAUGGCUCAAGAAACAUGGAAGAGGAAGCAGAAAUGGUAAUGAAAAGCCUCAAACUCUGAAAGGAGAAGAUGGACAUGCUAUGUAUCCAUCCUUGCUCCUUCCCUCUUUCAUGUCACCAGUGAAGGCAACGAGUGCGGCUACGCCUGUAAGUGCUUCGUCUUCCCAAACAACUGCGACAACCGUUUCGGGUACACUUGGAAAGCCAGUGGACGUUUUUGGCUCGGAUAUUUCCUCGGUUGGUACAAGCCUGACUGAGCCAUCCGUUCCUAUGGCAGUUCCUAAUACCAAAAACGGUGUCUAUGUCCCCCCUCAUCACAGACAAACCGUUGCUGGGCGUCAGCCAGUAAGAAAGUCUUUCAACAGCCGUGCUGAUGCUCUGCUUUCUUCUUCUUCAGGUGACAAGCCAUCCAGCCGUCAUCGGCUUCUGGUUCCCGAGGCUGCGACCACAAUUACCACGCCGCUCAAGGCACAGCAAGCAACUGUCUCGUCUUCAGUUCCAGCCAUUGGCACAGAUUAUUGGUUCAACCACUUCAACGAUGCCAACGUUGACUGGUUCGAGCUGGACGACGAUGACUUUGAUACAAGUAAUGAUAAUGAUGAUUAUGACAAUUUGGAAACGGAAACCUCGGCCUCCGAUAAGAAAGAGUCCAAGACUCAAGAGACGGUUACCGUCUUUGGUGUUGGCGAUGGGCUUGAAUUGGGCUCCAUGCGCCAUGCCUAUCCUAAGGCUUAUCCGGUGGCUUGA